AUGUGGAAGCUCAACAAGAGCAGCAAAGUUCUGCUGGACGACUCGCCCGAGGAGGAGGAGACGCAUCCCCGCGGGCCGCCGCCCGCCGCCGCCGCCGCCUUCGCGGCCCCCCAGAAUAAAGACCAGUUUCUUCAUGAUGAAGUGUCAUCUUCAGUGUCACAUCUUGCAACAAAGGUUCAAGGUGCCAGUUUCCGGGGUUGGAAGGAAGUGACGUCUAUGUUCAAUAAAGAUGAUGAACAGCAAUUGCUAGCAGGAUGCAAGUCUCCAAAAUCCAAAGGAACAAAUCUAAAAUUAAAGGAAGAGAUGAAGUCUGAAAAGAAGCCAGGUUUUUGGGACAGUUUGGUGAUAAAGCAGAAUGUUCCACCUAGGAAACCAGAUGAGAUUGAGGGAUGGGAACCACCACAGAUUAGCACUGCUGACUCUACCAGCAAUGCAGCAACUCCUUUAAGUGACUAUGCAGCCUGGUCAGGCUGGGAAGAUGAAACCAAAGGCUCCACAAAAUACACAAACCUGGCCAGCUCAGGAAACAGUUCCCGGUGGAGUAUCAAAUCAGCUGGAAAGCUGGUUAGUAUUAGACGUCAAAGCAAAGGUAACCUUACUGACAACUGGGAAGAGCUAGAAUGAUACUGGUAACGUGAAAUACUUUAUAGAUAAGAAGAGAAAGAUUCCAUAAUUUACUCAUAUGUUUAAACCAAAAUCAAAUCUGCUCGAUCUUGCACCUUUAUACAGUACUUUGUUUUAUUCAGAUUGUUACAAAUUUUUGCUCACCUGAUAGUAAAUUUUCUUAUUACAUUGUUAAAUAGCUAUGUUUUCCACUCUGAAAAAAAAGUAGAGAAUCUAUUUUGUGCCUAUAUUUCACAUUCAGACUUUGCAGUAUGUUGGAUUGUUGGUUUUACCAAAAAAAAAGUAAUUCCUUAGUGAAUGUAUACACUGGUUGUAAAUUUGACUGCCUUAUGUAGGAAGUUCCACUAGCUCGAGUCCUGUUUCUUUUCUGAUGUUUGAGGGUCACUCAAAAUUUUGGUUUUGAUGCUGUCCCUUUUUAACCAAGAAUACUGACCUGUCACUUGCAGGGAGAAUGCUUGUACUUAGUAGACUGUUUUCCAAAUCUUCAGCCUCAGCAUAUGCUUCAGCUUGUGCACACAAGAUGCUUACUGUCACAAUGUGCUAUACUGUGUAUGAAGUGGGGAAAAUACUAUUCUAAUGUAGUUCCUUCCAUUAGAAUAUUGUCACCAAUAGUCAGGUCAAAUGGGUCUUCCAGGAUUUGGGGGGGAUUUUGGUGGGUUUUUUUCCUGUUUGUUUGGGGGGGGAGUGAGCAUUUGGGUUUUUUCCUGGUUUGUUUGUUUUGGGGUUUUUUGUUUGUUUUUGGUUUGGUUUGGGGGUUUUUUUGUGUUGGUUUUUGGUGGGGUUUUUGGGGUUUUUUGGGGUGUUUUUGGUUUGGUUUUUGCCUUUUUUUUUAAUAUUGAAUUAUUUUUUUUUGACAAUUCUAAGUUUUUCAGUUUUUAAGAUGCAUGUUAUGCCAAAAAUAAAAAUGAUUGAAAAUUUGGGAAGCGGCAGUGAGUAGAGCAUAAGAUGAUCUUGAUAUUCUGGGGGGAUAUUGAAUCUGGAUCUAGGUAUAAGUUGCUUCUUAUGGAAGGGCAUAUGUUCUCAUUUUUUUACAGUAGCUGAUCCUUGUUCUAGACACAACUUUUUUGUUUUUUGCUGUGUUGUUCUUUCCCCCCCACCCCAUAAGCAAUGACCGAAUUAUACUCUGGCAUUUUCAGGGUAGCAGAGUAACUGAGCCAUUGCAAGUGUGUGCAUACACACAACUUCUGAAGCAUUUUUGUUAUAAAGCUCCGCUUUAUUAGCUACUGAUAUUUUGAUUUUUUUGGUAAAAGUAGGUGAAGCGUUAAACUUGAGAUUUGAAAUGUAUAUAUGACUAAUAAAAGUGCCUCUUUUUAGCUUAUUGUCUCUCAUUAGCGGUGCAGCUGAUGCCAGAUCCAAAGUUGGUUUCUAUUUUGUUUAUAUGAUCCACAUAAAUGCUACUUUAACAUUCAUGGGUAAAAAUCAAACCAAAAGUUUCAUAGGAAAUGAACAGUAGGCCUUUUCUCUCCUGAUUGUUCAACUGAACUGUAAACUUGACUGCCUAGUGAUAUGGCCAGUACAGCUGGAAGAUCAAGCUAGCAUGUCAGAGAAAAUCAGCAUUUUUACGAGAAAGUAUAUGCCUUUAUAUAAGAGAUGUCUUGUAAAUAUAUUUUUGCAAGAAGCUUAUGCUGAUGGAAAGGGAUGAUGCCAUUUUUUUCUAAGCUUGUACCUUGUUUCUGUUACUGCCACAUUACUCCUUCCUUAGCUCUCUCUUUCUCCUCCCUCCAAUUCAUGUAGAGUUUUCUGGCUUACAGUUCCUACAUAGCUAUUUUUUGGAGAUUCCUGCUGAGAUGUGCCUGAAGGGAAACUGUAACAAAAUGGUUUGGGUUGUUUUUUUUUUUUUUUCCUGCUAUUAAUAGGAUAUUAAAAGACAUUGUUCUUAAGUUUAUAUAAAAGAACAUUGAUUUUUUCUGCUACAAAACCGGAUCUUGCAACAACUGGCAAAUAUAUUUGUAAAACUGGCAUUAGUUAUUGAAAAAAUACUAAUAGGGAAAAGGUUAGCAUUUAUAUUGCAUCAUUUAGUCUGUGAGUAAACUCUGUAUUUGCCUUGGGCAAAUACAUACACUGAGGUUAAUUAUAGGAAAGAGUUAGUAUUCUUGGGUAAAGUAUGCUGCAUUUUAUAGUUUAUGGAAUACCCUUUAAGGCAUGAGCUAGUAUUUAGUUUGGUUGUUGGUGCUGACUUAAAAGAACAGAAAAAGAUCUGUUAGCAGCUCUUAAAGAUGGGCUGAGAACUUUUAAUUUCACUCCUGAAGAAACUAUUUAUACUGUGACCAGUAAAGAUUUUGCCUUGCACAUUAUACUGUCAAGUGCCUGUUUCUCACCUUGAUGACGUGUUUGAUGCACAGCUUAACUGCAACCUUUUUCAAUUUGUUUUUAGAUGUAUGAUAAAGAAUAUGCUCACAAAUCUGAAGCCUGUUAUAAAACAAAAUUGCAUCCAAGUGGGAAAUUGAGAUAUGUAAAAUUUCAGUUUCAUUCCUAGUGAUGAAAGUUUUGGUGUGCUUUUUAAGUGAUAUUUCCUCAGAAAUAACCAUUCUAAGGAUCAAUGUUAUCAAAUUUAAUAUAAUUUAUUGUUAUGGUUUAAUAAUCUAUUUGUCUGUUAAGAACUCACGGUGUGAGCUUUCCUUCUCUUAUGUUUAUAAAUGUGUCUGAAUUUUCAGAAUGGGGUCCUUUCUUCUUUUACCUUCAUUAGAUGCUUAACUACAUUAUACAUUUAUGGGCUUAAGCUAUCCACAGCUCCAUAUGUGGAAUAAAUGUAGAAUAUGUUCCUUAAAAUUUGUUUUGAAAUUGCAUUUCAAAUUGUGUGACAUGGUUUAGAAGAAGGUAGCUUUAAGAUUGUACGAUAAGAUUGCACAAAAUAAAAUAUAGUUUAUAUUGCUUUCUCGUAGCCAAUCUGCAUGAUUGUUGGCGUGGUUUUAAUGGGAAUUAAAAGCUUCGUGUGGCUGUUACUAGUCACUUAACUGAGCAAAGUUCUUUCUGAGUAUUUUUAUUUAUUAGCAUCAUUUGCAAAAAAAGAAAAGUAGUAUUUUCCAUAUGAAUAAAGAUUUAGUUUGAACUGAAA